AUGUCCCAGCGGGCAUCUUCUCCUCAUACACCUCCCUCUCAAACCGCGAAAUACAAACCCUCCAAGCGUGGACACUCAACUCGACCGUCCAUCCGAGAUGCUUUCCCAGACGCCAUGGACAGAUCCAGAAGCAGCGAGUCCGGAGAUGAUCGAGAUCCGCAUGAUCUGUCUCUUUCCCCGCAGCACGCUGCACGAACAUCUAUCGUUGACAACAUGCUCCUCUCGCUCGACCAAUUCGCUCCUAGUUCCUCUGUCUUAGAUGACUACCGGCUAUUCAACUCCGCUUUUGAGGCCGAUCUUCACAGUCAUUACUCACAUGAUUCCAACGCACAGGGCCGGUACCGUGGCCACACAUUUUCGUCGUCAAUGUCCUCAGAGCCAGACUAUGGCUAUGAAGUUGACAAUAACCGCUAUGCAACCAUCAUGACCAAGGGCCGACGCAGCAACAGCAGUUCCAACCAAAUCACCCAGAAACAGGUGGGAAGCUCGCGCGGUGGUACAUCCUCCAUGCCACGAGCAAACACGACUCGAAAAGGCAGCAAAGGAAGCUCAUCAUCCAUUGCAGAUUACUCGUACACAUUACCCAGGGCACGGACAGAUCAAGGCUUGGAUCGGCGCUCCGCCAGUUUUGAUUGUGGACCAAAACGAGCAUUUGCACCAUAUGCCGACCCCACUAUCAAUGAGACCUCGAUGCUGUACGAAGAUCACGACGCUGCACCUACUCCGAGUGUGCCAGCAGGGCCACGAAAGGUUCCCGAUUUUUCUGCUGCGCGGACCCCGCUAGCAUCGCGACGAAACAGCCUGAAAUCUGCUCACCCUGCUCCCCAAGUCCGAAAAGUUCGGCCUGACAAUAUCGGCACGGGGACAAUGAGAGUUCGGGAUGAUCUCCAAGCAAACAGUGCAGAUCUAGGCCCCCCUCCAACCAUCACGGGAGCGCUGGAACCUCCUGCUCCUAGCCCGACAAUUUCCUACAACAAGCCCGCUUUUCCUCCCCCAGAACCGACGGUGAAUACCAACAUCAUGACCAACAAUCCUCCUACAAACACAGCCAAGGAACGGCCGGGUUUCUUUCGGCGUGUGUUUGGAUCCAAGAAUACAUCCCCCCUUCCGGCCGAUACCGCAAGUAUAAUCGCCUCUGAAGUAUCACAGCCACAAGAACCUGAGACUAAAGACAUCAACGGGUCUACUGCCAACCCGAAGACAUCGGCUCCGCAGGCGACGAAACCCCCGGUGGGUAUUUCUCCGUCCUCGGUUCGCACAGGACCUCAUCAGGUUGUGAACAAGAAAUCUUCAUUCUUCCGCAGAAGGAAGAGGUCGGUGGCUGAACGUACCCCUCCACCGAUUGUGAUUCCCCAACAUCUUGCAUCACAGGUCAUGGAUGCUAUGCCGGCGCCAAGUCCGGUGAGCAGCUUGCGGCAGGUCAUGAAUCCUUAUCUCGACGAGGAAUCAGAUCAAAAGGAGAACGCGGAAUGGGAGGCCAAAAUUCGGCAACCUGCAUUUUUGCAGGCACAGAAAAAGAGAGAAAGUGUCUCAGCUCCUGGUGCUCCGAAAGGGUCUCCUCAGCUCUCUGCUACUCAAAGCCAAACUCUCACCCCGCUUGCAGACAAGGAUCGAUCCUCCAAUGGCCAAUUCCCAGACACUGCUAUGCAAGAGAGAUCUCAGAAUGUUGUUGCUUCUGCCAUGUUAUCUCCCGUUGCGGGAGACCUCUCGCGCAGCAUCAAAUCACAGGCAGAUAAAGCUAAGCUAGCGCCUCCACCAGAUGAUAAGGCUUGCGAAUCUCCUGUUGAUUCCAUAUCGACCGUAUCACACUACCAGACUGCUGCGAAUACUCCACUUAUUGAGCAAGAAGAGCCAGCGUCAACCGACGAGGCACCGGGCGAGACCAUUGAAGAUGGGCCCACGGCCGCGGACCGAGAGCAAGCUCAAAAGCUCUUCGACAGUCAGGAUCAGGUUGUGGGCAAUGAUCCUGCUGCCGCAUGGCUAGGUGACCCCGACCGGGCGAUGAUCCGGGAGGCAUAUAUGCAGCUGUUCAACUGGUCUAAUCUCAACAUUGUCGCUUCACUCCGGGUUCUUUGUGACCGUUUGGUGCUCAAGGGAGAAACUCAACAAGUAGAUCGAGUUUUGGAUGCCUUCUCUACCAGAUGGUGUGAUUGUAACCCAAGGCAUGGUUUCAAAGCUGCUGACGUUGUCCACACGAUCUGCUAUUCGAUUCUCCUACUAAACACCGAUCUGCACUUGGCCGACAUCGAGUCAAAAAUGACAAAGUCACAGUUUGUUCGAAAUACCAUGCCUACCAUCCACCGAGUGGCCAUGGACGCUGCACCUGAAGCCUUUGAGACCUUGCGGCCAAUCAACCGCUCCAAGACUCAACCCCACGAACCAAACUCCGCUCCUACGUCCGCACGAUCCGCAACUUUCCCGUCAGAGGCCGGAACCACGUCGGACAAAGACAGCGAAAUUAACGUUGAUGCCGGUCCUUUGGUCAACACGCCAUUCAUUGGAACGGUGCGAGCCUGGGAGCAACAAGUGGAAGCUGUACUCAAAGAAUUCUACACAUCCAUCCAAAAAGAAAGGUUGCCCCUGUUCGGGGCCCAGCCAGAACGAGAGAUCUCUCGCAUGUCAUCCAACAACUUCUUGGGCCCUGGCCCCUCCAGCGGUACUCUUCGUAGGAGCCCCAGUACCAUCAGCAAGAGUGGUUCCGAUAUAUUCCCUCGCGGCCGUCCUCCCAACUCAAGCCAUGGGGCUGCACGAUGGUCGUCCAAACCCCGCUCCCGAGCUGGAAGACUCUAUCCUCCUUCGAUGAUGGGAUCCAGUCGCACCAGCUUAGACGACCAAUCAUCUCUUUGGAGUCCGGCAGGAUCCAGUACUUGGAGUAAAUAUUCUCUGGGCAAGUUCACUUCGGCGUCGGUUGAUUCCUUUGGCUCAGACUUCCCCCGCGGCGAAUAUCAGCAAUCUAUCGGUUUCGCCAAUGCCCUGAGUCAGGCUAUCAUUCGAGAAGACUCUGCCACUUCAAUUUAUAGCUAUGAAGAGCCCGAACGAACCACGCCUCUGCUUGAGGAUGACACGUUGGCUCUAGCGGGAGCACCCUGGGCCAAGGAGGGAAGUCUGAAGCACAAGCAUCACCUGGAUGCGGUCGACAAACGGGCCAAAGACCGAAACUGGAAUGACUGCUUUGCGGUAAUACAGCAAGGCUGGAUGCGCCUUUUCUCCUUCAAUAACACGACCAAGACGAUGCGGCAAAAGGCCAAACAACGGGGAGGCCUCGUGGUCGGUGGCGGUAACUGGACUGAAAAUGCCGAAGAGCUUUGGAAAUUCAUGCUGCGCCAGACCAUUGCCAGUGCCCUGCCUUCGCCUGGGUACUCCAAGUCCCGUCCUCAUGUCUGGGCCCUCAGCUUGCCUACUGGUGCAGUUCAUCUUUUCCAAGCUGGAACACCUGAGAUUGUCCGAGAGUUUGUCUCCACGGCCAACUAUUGGAGCGCACGGCUGUCCAAGCAACCACUUGUCGGAGGCAUCAGCAACAUUGAAUAUGGAUGGAGUGACAGUGUCAUCAAUAGUGCCCUUGUCGGCGGCGAGAGCCGAUCUCCGCCGCCUUCAUCGGGCGCCCGACAGAGCAUACAAAGCUCCAUCCGAAGCUCUCUCGACCAACAAUCUGUGCGGCCUCGACUUCCGGCGGAUCGGGUCAAUAUCAGCGACUGGAGCCCGCCGCAGCAGAGCAUGGUUGCCUCCAAUUUGACAGAGGAGGAACAAUUGAAGGCGCUCCAGGCCUAUGUGAAGAACGUGGAAGACGAUCUGACUCGACACAAUGAGCUGCGUUCCGCAAUGAACCUUGCAUUCUCCCCACGCCAUCCUAACGCCCUCAAAGCCAUGGCAAAUUGGGAACGAAAAUCAUCAUAUCUGUUGCGAGAGAUUGUCAAAUUCCGUACCUACAUCGAUUCCCUACGCAGUGCCAUCAGUUCCAAAGAGAGAAUCUUCGCUUCGAACAACUCGAGUGAGAAAGCAACUACGGAAUCUGUCGACGUUGCGUGA